AUUUGGAUGAAGAGGUGAACAUGUCGUGGACCUGCAGGACCUUCCUGGCGCUCCUCACGGUGCUUGUGGCACUGUCCUUGUGUCCCGAGGCCGACUGCGCAGCUGUGCCCAGCGGCAGCCAGACAGCCACCGAGGAAUGGCGAGGGCCACUGAGGAGGAUCUUCAUGAAAGAGGCCGACGCCUCCAACUUCUUCAGGCGACGCAGCAGGAGAGCGCUCAAGUCGCCUGAUGAGCUCAACGCCGAACAAAGGCAAGUUCUGGCCGCGGACGAGCGCAGGAGAGAGUUCCACGAGGAGAAGAGGCAAGAGUUUGAGAGCUACGUCGAAGAGGUGGACGACGAGCAAAACGAGAGGAGCCGCGAGAGCGCGGAGCAGUGGCGAGAGUUCCACGACGACGGCAUGCGUCCCCCCUACGAGUACAACCGCCGCACCGACUGAGCCGGGGCGACAAAUCGUCUUCCUUCCUUCCUUCCUUGACAAC